AUGCAAGGCUCCGUCCAGCACCUAGCCGGUGCAUUCGGCCAUGACACUGUUGAGGACAUUUACAGAAUCAUACAGACAGAGCCCACGCCCGCAAUAGAAGUCCUUACUGAAUACCUGUUGUUACGGGACAACAAGUAUGGCUCGCGGCAGACUUCGGAAGAUCCCUCGGCACCACAAUUGAAGGAGGAGGCGAUCUACGGGUGGAUCAAAAAGCUAGAAUUCCUCAAACUGCUGAAGAAUGACGAAGACCCCACGCUCUCAACUCCCGUCAACCCGUCCUCGCCUCGAACGCGCGAAUUUCAUCACAAUGUGGUACGCGGUUGCAUUGAUGAAGUGCAACCCAGAGAUGUACCCCGCCGGAUUGGAUGA